AUGCCACUUCCCGGGGCAGAUCCUAUGCCACCGUAUUGGCUUUCCUAUCCAUCGAAUCUGUCGAAACAUCGCACAACCGAAGACCUCCCUCGAGAGGCAGACGUCGUGGUGAUCGGUUCUGGUUACGUCGGAGCAGCAUGUGCCUACCACAUCCUCGAAAAGGACGAUGGCAAGAGACCGUCAGUCGUGAUACUUGAGGCCCGAGACGUAUGCUCAGGAGCGACGGGACGCAAUGGUGGCCACCUCAAGCCCGAUGUCUAUUUCAACGCAGCCCUCUAUGAAAGAAUGUACGGACCGCAAAUAGCGGAGGAGGUGACCAGAUUUGAAACGCAGCAGGUCAUGGACGUUAAAAGAUUGGUCGAGAAGGAGCAAAUCGACUGCGAUUUUGAACUCACCCGUGCCAUCGAUGUGUUUGUGGAUCCUCGAGUGGCUGAACCCACGGUCGCGGCGUAUCUGGACAUGAAAGCCAGAGGAUAUCGUUUCCCCGACGACCUGCACUUCAUCGGGGACCCCAAGAAGGCUGAACAGGUCUCAGGCGUGAAAGGGGCGCUGGCGGCCUUUACAUUCACGGCGGGAUCUAUUUGGCCCUAUAAACUGGUCUCCCAUCUUCUCCGCCGCUGCCUGGGGUGGGGGGCAAACCUGCAAGCAAAUACUCCUGUGACGGCAAUCUCCUCCUCACCUGGCAGCGAUGGACGGUGGGUUUUGAAAACACCUCGAGGAGACAUCAGAGCGCAGAAAGUGAUUUUGGCCACAAAUGCAUAUCUGUCGGCACUGUUGCCCGAAUUUGGUGACAAAAUCACCCCUGCUAGAGGAGUCGCAUGCAGAAUCGCCGUGCCGGAGGGUGGAAAGAUGGCUCCGCACCUGAACAAUACCUACAGCAUUCGGUAUGGGCCCCAAGAAUAUGACUAUCUGAUCAGCAAGACGGAUGGUAGUAUCGUCGUUGGAGGUGCAAAACAAGUCGUGCUCCUGAACGACUCCUACUGGCGUAACAAUACAGAUGAUUCGCAUUUGAUACCGGGCGCUGAGAAGUACUUCACCGGCUACAUGCAGCGGAUGUUCCACGGCUGGGAAGACUCACAAGCGACGAUCACGGACAUCUGGACCGGCAUCAUGGGCUACUCUUCCGAUCUUAUGCCCUGGGUUGGGGAGGUACCUGGAAAACCCGGCAUUUUCGUCAACGCAGGCUUCACCGGCCACGGCAUGCCACGGAUCCUCGGUUGUUCUGCCGCGAUUGCGUCCCUCGUUCGAGGAGAAGCAACGCAUUUGAGUCAGACAGGGUUGCCGGCGCCAUAUUGGAUCACCAGAGACAGGCUGAUGUCGAAAAGGAACAUCGCCCGUGAGUAUAUGGCAGGCUCUCGCCCCUCACUAUAA